UCUAGUCUUGGAUGCAUAACUACUAUACGAGUAUUGUUUGCAAUAUUUUGUUACGUUUUGUUACAUUAAAGAAUGUAAUAGUUACUACACAAUUAACGUGUAGAAAUAAGAGUAAUUUAAAUUGAAAGACUUAAUUACAAUUUGCUGAUGCAAUAUUUAUUAACAUUGUAUCUCUAAUCAAAAGCCUUGUUAGUAAGAUCUACUUUGUUAAUCAUUGUUCUUAUAUUGGAUUGAAAUAACACUAAAAGAAGAUCAUACUAAGUUAUCAAAAAUGAAGGAUGAAGAUGAAGCAAACAACUCCAAAUCUGAGCUUUCAGCUGUUGUAGGAGCUCUAUUGGAUACCCUGAAUGAUAAAGACGAGACUGUUAAUUUAUCUGCUAUUGAGUCUAUUAGAAAAAUAUCCCAAAAAAAUCCUGUUCUUGUUAUUCAUGCUGCUGUUUACUUUUGGGAGAUGCAUCGAAAAAUGUCAGAAACACAUCUAAUAGCCAUUUUGAAAAUGAUGACAGAGGUUUGCCAAAAUUAUAUAAAAAAUUUAGAAGAUACUUUAGCAACAACUGUUGCUGAUUUAGCAUUGGUUGAGCUAACUGGCCAUGCCAGUGAACAAGCUUUGCAAUUGAUUGUAGCUUUGAGUAAAACUCAAUGCUCACAAGCUGUGGGAGCAUUAAUUAUAAAGUUUGAAACAAAUGUAACACCAUAUUAUGCAAUUAUACAAGCUUUAGGAAUGAUAGCUGAGAAAAACUCUGUAGGAAUAUUACCUUUUAUAAAAGUAACACUAAGUGUUUUAGUGCCACUAUUACAUGAUAUGCAUGAUGACAAAUUGAAAUUAGCAUCCACAUUCACUUUGGGGAAAUUAGCAGAUGCAAUCAGUGAUUGCCUGACAAAUGUUGAAGUUAUAAACAAUACUAGUUUAAGCAAAGAUAUUUUUUAUGAUGAACUUUCAAUAGCUUUUGAUAUUUUAAUUUAUACAUGGCUAAGAACUAGCAAAAAUUUGAACUUAACAGAGUAUAUUUUAACAUCACUUGCUUCGAUUUUAGCCUUAUUUCCUAAUGCUUAUGAUGAAAAGGUAAUUUCCAAACUUACUCCGACAUUGCUUAAUCUUUGUAAAAAGCCUACUACAAGAUUAGCUGCUGUAAGAGUACUAUCAUUGAUUUUAACUGCAUCGACUGAUGAUGUAAAGGAACUUUUAAAGCCUCAUUUGGAACAAAUUCAUCAAGUUCUUUCAGAAAUAGUGAGCAUUUCUCCUUUUGAUGUAACAAGAGAUGUACUACUGGCUCAUUAUGAAGUUUUACAAUGCUUUCGUGCAAUAGUAUUGUUGUAUCCAGAGGAAGCACUGGAAAAAACCCUACAACAAUUGAAGUGUGCAAACUCUAAUCAACGUUCAAGAUCUUUAGUUGUACUUAGGCAUCUUAUUAAUACUUUGCCACCAGAGGAUGAAUCAGCUUUACAAAGAAUAGCAUUGAGUCUUCAAGAUUCAUUAGGAGACGGUAGUACACGCCAAGUUAUAGGCGCUAUCGUUGCUUUAGCUGCAAGACCAACAUUUCCUCUUCUGCCAUCUCAAAGAACUUCGUUCAUUAAAUUCAUGGUAUUACAUUGUGGCUCUAAAUCCGAAGAAGGUGAAGCCUGCGAGGAAGCUCUUCACCUUCUCUCGAGUACAGUGGACGGAGCUGAAAUUUGGUUGUGGCCAUCUUUGAUCAAAGCUCUAAUGGAUCAAACGUACGUAGCUUCAGCAGUUCCAAUACUCCGGGCAUUAUCACCUUUAGCGGUCAAAAUAAUCCGGGACGAGAACAAUCUAUCAAAUGAGAAAGACUUCCAGAGUAUCAAAGUCUUUGGUCGCUGCUUAGAACUUCUUGAAGAUGACAAAAAGCGCUUGGCCGUUGUAACCUUCCUCCGAUGUGCUGCUCCACUGCUCGGAUACCAACUGAAACCUCAAUGGGAUACUAAACUUCUUAAGUUAUCCAAGUUCCUUGAACAGAAUACCGAGACUCUGAUUGACGCUGAAAAAAUUUUGAUUUGGGAAGAGAGAAUGGUUGAGUUCUUGGAGGAAAGCGUAGCCCUCGAAGGCGACGCUUGGGCAUUAAGGCUAGCAGAGGAAUUGGUUAAAAAAACUAUUACUCCUUCGCUGUCGAUUUUUAUCGCUGCUGUUGCUAGCAGUGCUGCACAUAUCACUCUUUUGAUUGAUCUUGCUAGGACGCACAGUGUUAAUGCUACUGGUCAAAGCCCCGUAGCCGGCGAAUACGCACGAGCAGUUGGAAUCUGCGCGAAGCAUCAUCUUGAGACAGUUCUAUCACUAAUCGAAGAAUUCUGUCACGUGGAGGAUGCAAGGAAGCAACCAGUGCGCCUACUUGGCCUAGUCAAGGAUACAAAAGCUGCAGCAACGAACGAAGCAGCCAAAGCUGGAUUACUUAAGUCUUAUGCGGAAAUUACGCGGAGAGGCGAUGCUGCAAUUUUAUUUCCAGCUUUGGAAAAACACAUUUUUCCAUGGAUCAUUCGCCAACUGAAUGAUUGCAAGGAGAUUAGUACUAAGGGAGCUGGAUUAAUUGCUAUAGAACAGGGAGCUGGAGCUGUGCAUCCAAAUCGAUUGGCUGGUUCGACUGGUUUUAGAGUCAGAGGCAGUGCUCUGGCUACUCUUUUAACAUUGCUCCAGUCGACUGCGGGCUACAGACCAUUGCAACUUUACCCUUUGAUUUUGAAAGCAAUUAUCGCUUUGCUUAAAGUACCUCCAGCGCUAACUGACGACGAAAAGGUAGUUCUUCUCGAAACUACCAUGGACAAAAUUAUAGCAGCCAGUUCCGAAAUCGCAGCAAUGAAAAUGCCGCAAGUGAUGCAGCAAGUGAUCGAAGGUCUUGGCACGAUAAGCAGCGAAACGGUUGUCGACUCGGCUGACACCUUAGCCGUACUCGUGGACAUUCUUUUACCUUGGAUGCAAUCGAAAUCCUCGGCUGAACGUCGCACUACUCUUCUAGUUCUUCGCACGACCCUUCGCUCCUAUCAUGAUUCUCUAAAGUAUACUUACCCGGGAGGGAAACUUGAACCAGGAAAAUUACUCGGUAGAUUUCUUGCCUGGAGUGCUGAUCCUGAUCUUGCGCUUCGACCGCUGGUCGUCGAUUGUGUGUCUCUGGCAUUGAAUAUUGGAGCAAGACAUCGAUCAUCCGUGCCGGAUAAUUUGAAUCAUCUGAAUCAGGAUUUGAGCGAGUCGAAAAGAGUCAUCGUUAGCGAGGAUACGAAGACGAUGUACGAGGGCGUGAAAAGUUUGGCGACGAGUGCCUGUGAGAGGGUAGCUGGAGGCGAACUCGUUAGUCUUGCUGAGGGCUUGGUCGAAGGAUUAUUGUGCAGAGGAGAGGGUGGCGUUGCUGCGGGUAUUGCUCUGACAGAGUUGUUUAAAAUUAGAGGAUUUGACAUUCCACGAGCCAACUUAUAUUUAAUUGAUAGCAUAAUUGCGCAAAUGAGACAAAUGGAGAAUGCGAGUUGCAAGAAAACAGCGGCUGCUGCCGUUAGGGCACUAAGUACGUAUCAUUUGCAAGAAGUUGUCGAGCAUUUGUUGCAUCAACCGUUGCCGUUAGAUCGCGGAUCGAAAGAGUGCUGGAAAGAGUUGGGAAAGGCUGAUGACAUUGGAUCGCAGACUUUGGAAUUGCUGUUGAAGAAACUGGACAACGACAAUCUGCUUGUCGACACCAAUUCGCCAACAAAUAAACGAGAUGCUGACAAUAGCAAACGUCCGACUGCGGUUUUCUCGUCCUUAGCAGCGAUUGUAGCGACUGGUCAGCUUUUGAGUUCAUCAAUACCCGAAGAUCUAAUCAAACGGCAGUUGUCUGAGUUACUCGCUGUUUUGCUGAAGUACUUGGCUGGAUGGUUACACGCCGAUCCACCGAUGUCGAUCGUUAGCACUAAGUUUGGUUUUGUACCGAACCGUGAGACCUGCAAAAUCGUGCCGCAUCAGGAAGUGUAUAAUGUGCUGGUCAAAAUUUUGAAUAUUAUUAGUAUUCAAGAAGAUCCCAAUUUGUCGACUGAAACUGCAUUUGAAGCAGAAUGUGACGCCGAAGAAAAUCUCGUAGCAACGGUUCACACGGUUGUGCAGUGUCUCUCAAAACGCGCCAACGUCUUGGAAAAUCUCGCGAGACAUUUAGGCAAAUUGGCAAUGAGUACCCUGCCCGCCCAGAGGGUCGUUGCAGUAGCAUUCUACUCGGAAUUGAUCGGCAAAGUUAAUUGUGACGUCGUUUGGCUGGACGCGAUUAUCAACACUUUACACGAAGCCAAAGCUGACUCGUUUUCGCUAGUUAGGAAAUUAUCUACUAUCGGUCUUACGAGAGUCGCUUAUUUAGACUCAAAGCAGGUCGACGAGUACUUCGAUAGUUGUCUUGCGUCUCUGUUAAACGGUCUGGAAGAGCCCUUGAAUGCUGAAGGUAACAACGAAGUAGUUCUAGAAUCUCUACGUGGGCUAUCGGUUAUCUUGACCGUGAAAACGGAGAAGCCAAUAAGUCCACGAGUGGUUUUUACAUUAAGGACUUUUGUUGAGAAAGACAGUUGGGAAAUGCGGCUUGCCGCAAUAAGUGCCUUAGGAGCUGUUGUUCGAAGCUGGCAAAGGUUUGUCCUCUCACCCGACGACGAUGUCACUGAUCAUCUUCUAAGUUGUAUUCCUUGUCUGACUAUCAAGCUAGAGGAUAAUGUUCACGCUGUCGUGACGGCUGCGAGACAAGUGCUGUACGACUCGGCGUAUCUUAUGCAAUGCAAAUCACUAGCACAUAUCUUGAACACGCAUCUUGCGCCGAACAGUUCACUGAGUAUCGAGAGUUUUUUGAGAGAGUUGAUCAACUGCAUGAAAACUGAUCUACCGCAAAAAGCUGAGGAACUAAGAAAUGCCGUUGUGAGAGGAUACUCACGAUCCGAAAAUCCAGUGAUACGAGCAACGUCAGCCCUAAUCUUAGGUUUGUUUGGUGACCCUCGACCAGAAGACGUCCAAAGAAUGCUACAACUGUUGCGUGAUAAAGAAAACUUUGUCAGAGCUCGUGCUGCUCGAGCUUUGGCUCUGUGUUUUACACUCUGAAAUAUUCGAUAAAAAUCGUGCAAUAUAUAGCGGUUGAUGAAUUUGUAAAUUAUAUAUAAAUUUUUUUUCUACAUAAAAUAUUACUAAAGUACUUUAUAUUCUAUAUAGAUGUCUCAUAUAUCUGAUGACGAUAUCAAAAUUGAAUUCAUUAAGCCUCAUAGUAUUUAAAUUGCAAUUAUACGUACGUAAGAGAGGAUUUAUAGAGUUUAUACAAUAUAUACCAGAUUAUUAUUGUAAUAUUGAUUUGGAAA